CCCAGACCAUGUUUGAGAUGAUCAGUGGAUACGGGGUGUGGCAUCGCCGAUAUUUUGUUCUGAUGGGAUGCACCAUGUCCUACUGGAACCACCCCAAUGACAGAGAAUCUAAGGAUGCAGAGGGCAGCAUUUCUCUGUCCAGCUCCAGCAGUCAGUGUGUGCGGCCUGUGAAGAGGGACUCGUGUGCGCGACCGUUCACCUUCGAGCUGGUGAGCGGCGUCCCACAGCAGCAGGACGCCGUCCGGGACACCUUUGCCAAGCGUUGGUUUUCAGCCGACUCCAAAGAGGAGAGGCUGGACUGGAUGGAGCAGCUCAAUCAGGCUCUUUUGGACUUUCACACUUGGAACCGAACAUCAGGAACCCAAAGUCAGCAGUCCAACACGUGCAGCGGUGGGAACCUGAGGGAGAGCAUCCUGUAACUACAUCACGGAAACACCAGAUCCCUGCUGCCCAGGCUCCAUGGAAACACAGGGUUGUGUAUGUGUGUCAGGUAGAUGAGCUGGGAUCAGGGUUUACAUUAUUGUUGGAGAGCUGCAGGAGGUGAGCUUCUCUUCACAGUUGAAAUGAAACUGAUGAAUCAUAAACAAAUCAAAACCCUUCUGUAUCUCAUAUAGAAAAUGUUAGGAGAUUACUUUGAUUUUCAUACUAUUUCUUUUAAUCUGAAUCCAAUUAAAGCUGUUGGUUUACACUUUUAUUUGCUAAGCUACAGUUGGCCGUUCUAAUAUUAUUUGUUGUUCAUGAUUUUGAGGAAAGAGCUGCUUCUGUUGGCAAUACUAAUUGGUCACUUUCAGUAGCAAAGGUAAAGCUUCUUGUAGCGAAUGUAUUUUUGAGAUAAUUUACAUUGUAUUUGCAUUGUUAAACUGGAAGGAUAAACAAAGAUAUAUAUAUAUAUAUAUAUAUAUAUAUAUAUAGUGACACUAACAAAUAUACAAUGAAAGGGUCAGUACUGGCAUCUUGGGGCCAUUUGUCUGCAGUGUUCUCUCAUAUCCAAUAUAUAAUUUUCCGUUACUGCACAUAAAACACAUUUAUUUGCAUAUUAAAACCUGUUUUAUAUUUUUACAACAGUGGAUGAGAGGUGUGGUGAGGUAAGAAGGGACUGUAGUGAUGCUGCUGCAAUGAAUGUAAUCUGUUCUGUCUGUCCUUUCCAUGUGUUUACACCUAUCAGUCUGUCCCUUUUGUUAUAAAUGUUAUUCAUGUGAACUGUCAUUCUAUGCACUUAAUGGAAGGUCCCAAUAAAGUAAUGGAUUGAAAUGGCUA